AUGGCUGGAAAGGUAAAAUUGAGUUUCAAGAUUGUUUAAAAUCGUUUUGCAGCAACCUUAUACUACUCUCGUCGAUCUUGAAACGCAGUUGUCCGACCAUAAGGCUAAAUUUGAACAAUGGAAGAGCGAUAACAGGUAUUUUAUUUCAUAGGUGUUUCUUAAUUGUUUAUUUUUUUAAGUCGACAAAAGGGCACAAAGUCAUACUCGGAUUAUGUAGCAAGUGUUGCAUCUUGGGAACAAGGCGUGAAGGAUAAGUCAGUCAGUAUACUAUGGCUUUUUCCAAUCACAUUAUUUCAGAAUUGCAGCAUUAAGAGCUGAGCAGUCUACAGUUUCAGGACCGAAAAACGUUGAUUUGGUUUUAGGUACGUUUCCUUUUUUAACAUUCCUUUCUAAUUUAACUUUAUUUUCAAUUUGUAGAGGAACUGUUGGAAGAUGCUACAGUAAAUGAGUUCGCCUACGCGUUGAUCAAAGUUUAUGCGAAUGAUAAAGAUUUCAUGACGAGUUUCAUCUCUGCUUACGACAAAAUACAACGUUUGUUUUAUGGAUUAUUCGACACUGAGAAGUUAUUUCAGGGAGCGUCGCAGAACAACAACCUGCUCUUGUCGUACCAGCGGCGCAGUUUUAUCCUGGUCCCACAUUUGGUAAAGAAAAAAAAAAAGAAAAUGGGUUUAUUUUUCAUUGUCGUCUUAUAGGAUCUAACUUCUCAUAUACUACCCCACAACUUCCACAGGUGGCUCCGGGGAUAUCCACCUGGUCUUUGCCGUUAACCACAGUUUCCACACCUCCAAACAAAUAUCACAAGUGAUAAAUAUUUUUAGUUUUAAACAGAAGUAUAAUCUUUUUCAGGCCUCUGUCACCAAUUCGAGACUUUCAAAAAAAGAGCUCAACAGUGCCAUUUCGAGAUUUCGGCGCCUAA